AUGAGAAAGAGAGCGCGUGCACACAGGGUAAAUGGGGUAAUUAAGGAAGCAAACAAUCUAAUAUUUGGGCAGCUUGAGAGAAUUCUAGAGGAUAACUUGGAGAAUUAUAUAAGGAAAAAAAUACGUGUGUCAUUGAUUGGAGAAAGGAAAGAACUCCCAAAAUCCUUACAAAAUGUGGUCAAACAUGUAGAAGAAGCAACAAGUAGGGAACCAAACGCGCAGCUGCUGGACUGGAGGCUAACAGUGUGUUAUGCAGGAACAAGAGACAUACUGCAAGCCACUAGGAGGUUUUGUGAGAAGGCCAAGGCUGAGUUGAUUGAGCCUAAUGACAUUGACGCCGCCUCGUUCGAUCUUGAGCUUUCGACUGCUGGCACCCCUACGCCUGAACUGCUCAUCCGAACUGGUGGUGAACUCCGUCUUAGCAACUACUUGAUAUGGCCACUGGCCCUAGCUGAGUAUUAUUUCAUCCCAAUUCAAGCACCUGAGUUUACUGAAGCUCACUUCCUAGACGCUUUGCGCUCCUUUCAACAAAGGGAUAGGAACUUUGGCAGGUGAUUGGAUUUGAUAUAUGACUCAAAAAUCAUCAAACAUAAAUUUGUAAUACAUUUGUUGGAAUUGCCAACUUUAUAUCUCUUUAUGUAAUUGAUAUCUAAUAACCACCUAUAAAAAUAAUAUAAGAACUUCAUUUGUUGAA